AUGUUUCUGUCUACAACAAAGAACAGACUCUCAAAAGCAAUAACAAAACAGAUUAAAUCUCAAUUUGCAGCGGAUCUGUCAACCUUACUGGGGAAAGAGGAAGUGCUAGAAACAAUUAAAACAGAAGACAAAGACAUGUUUGUGCUGCGCAACAAUACGCCCAUAUUUAAAGUUUCUGGGAAUUCUUUUAUCCCUCUUGUAAAAUGUGUGCACAUUGUACCGGACAUUCUACCACGAGUGGUUGUUGACACAGGAGCAAUAAAGUACUUAAUUAAUGGAGCAGACCUCAUGGCGCCAGGUCUACUACACAGUACAUCCGAGUACCCAUCUGUUUCAGUAGAAGAUGUUGUGGCAGUAUAUGGGCAUGGCAAAACCAAUGCAUUAGCUGUUGGAAUAGUUGCCAUGGAUAACGAACAAGUAAAUACUCAGAAAACAGGAAUGGCUAUUAAGCUAAUUAACAGGCUGGGAGACAAAAUUUACUCACACGCUUAG